UAAUUAGUCAAGCAUCAAUAUUCAAUACUAAAAUAAAGUGACAAAAAACACAAUUUCUCAUGUAAAUAUGUACCUUUUAUUAGUAAAAUCCUAUAUUUAUGCAAAUGAACCAAUAAUUAUCAUGUGCAACUCAACAUUUUCUUUUAACAGCUUGCAAUUGAAAAUUGCCAGUUUAUUUGGAUCCUAAAAAUAAUCAAAAACCCUCUAAAAAUCAAUCAUUCACUGAAGUUUUCUUGAUCUAAUUCUUCGAUUUCCUACGCAUUUGCCAUGUGAAAUCUGUCUCGAUCACUGAGCCCCUCUUUUCCACACUAUUUUUAUGAUUCUCUCUCUUCCAUGGAGUCAAUACCAUCAAAUAACUGUCCUAGAAUCUUCUCAUACUCUUUGCUUUCUUCCUCCUUUGGCUUAACUUAAAACCCUGUGCCCCCUUUUGAAAAAGGAGUAAUUUGAUGGGGUGCACUUCAUCAAUGCUUCAAACUGGGGGAAGAAAGAAAAAGAUGGGAAUUCCAGAGUUGGUUGUUUUUGUACCAACUAUGCAAAUUCCUGUGCAAUCUGAACUUCAGAAAGGGCUUAAAGGGUUGAUUUCAAAGGAUAUUAUUGAUCGCCUUAUUAUGCUUCGAAAUCGGGUUAUUUUACUCUCUGAAGACACUGAUGUAUCGGCGAUACCGGAGAUUAAGCAGGCUCUUGAGGAGUAUUUGCCUGUCUUGAUUGGACUCACUAAAAAAGAAUAUGGUGCAGUAGAAGCAGUGCAAUUCAAAUGGAGAACUAUGGAUGAUGGAAGACAAGAGAUUUGUGUAUCGAAUUCAUGGUAUGAAGUGUUAUCUGUGGUUUACAUGCUGGCGGUUUUGACAUUGGUUGAAGCCAACAUGUUGCUUGUUCCUCAGCAGUACACUGGUUCUUCUGAUAGGAUAGUUUCUACAGAUUGCCAGAGAGAUGCAGUUGAUUUGUUAUUAAAAGCAUCAGGGUAUAUAGAGUUUUGUGUGAAGAGCAUUCUACCUCGGUUAGGCCCAGAGAUAAAGAACAAGUUGCACAAAGACAUGCAUGAACGUGCUUUAGAGGCUCUUUCUCUUCAAGCACUUGGCCAGGGAACAGAAUUGCAGUUGGGUUUGGCUAUUGAAAACCAGAAAGCCACAUUAUCAGUAAAGAGGAGGUUAGCAUGUGAGCAGCUCACCUUCUUCACUCAGGCUCAUUACGCAUUGUCGGUAGGCAAAACAAAUGAGAACGAUGCAGGAAAACAAUCAUUGUUCAUCAGAUAUAAAUUCCUAGAAGCCAAGGCUGCAGCUUAUUUUUACCAUGGUAUAAUUGUUGACAAAAGCAACGAGCCAUCGUCGCAUACAAAUGCACUCUGCUGUUUAGUUGCUGCUGAAGAACUUCUUUCACAGAGCAGAAAGGCUUGUUUAAGCUUUUGCUUGGCUGCUCCAAUAACCAGAGCUCCUCCACUCUGGGGUUCAAUGAAGCAUUUUCACCACAAGAUUCCAGACACAGCUUCCAAGAAGUCUCAAUUGUAUGGUUACUUGUUAGAUCAAGAAAAGGGACUACAACCUCCACAAGAGCUGCCAGAGUUUCAAUUAUCAUUGAGACCAGAUGAUUAUGAGCUGCCAGAAAUCGGCCCUUCUUGGAGUAGCGAAAAAUGCGAGAUUAUAGGGCAACCCCUUAAAGAGCACCUAGAAGACGAGAUCGAGUCAGAAAGCGACUGAGGGCUGCGUUCUCUGUAUUAAGCAUAUGCAGUUUCAGUUUUGCCUGUUCAGGAUACUUGGUCUAAGAAGUGGGUCUUCAAGGACGUCCUGUACAUCAUCAACUAUAGGCUAUAGCAUAUCAUGGAAGUUACGAGCUAUCUUGUGCUUUUGUAGUUUAUCUAAGUGCUUCCUGUAUACCCCAAUGUAGAACAAAGUUGAAUCAAUGUAAUAUAUAUAUUGUCAAGAUCUAUAACUUUUAUCAUA